AUGGACAUUUCCAAGUUGAACGAUGUGAAGAGAGCAGAUUUAUGCAAAAAGUAAGUCAUUUUCAGUCAUCUCUCAAAGUUUCAGCCCGUUUUUCCAGAUACUUUUUGAUUGGCGCUUGUUUCUUGCCACUCGUCUGGAUUGUCAACGUAUUUUGGUUUUUCUCCGAUGCCUUCUGCAAGCCAAUCAACAAUCAUCGGCGCCAAAUUCGAAAAUACGUGAUCGGCAGUUUUAUCGGCUCUUUAUUUUGGGUUGUUCUGCUCAGCGCGUGGGAAACGUUCUUCCAAGUAAGCCGGAAAAAAGAAGCUGUGCAAAAAUCGAUACUUUUCAGUACUACCGUCGACAAGGACUCGUUUGGACCGAUUAUCUAACAUUUGUAUUCCCGAACGGAAGAGUAUAA